CCCUGGAGCUGAAACCCAUCAAGAUUCCCGUUUUCUAUCUCCUGGGAGUUCUUUUCUUUACCGUGUUCGGGCAUUCAUUUUUUCCAGCAGAUUCAGGGGUUCUUGUUUUUUAUUGAAAAGUUAUCGCGCGCUCUAUUCUCUUCUAUAGUUAUUGUUUCUUGGGUGCUUUUUGGGCUUUGAUUCGAAGAAAGAUUUUUUUUAAAGUCAACUUCUUUAGCUCCAUUUGGUAAUUUAGUAUCUGCUAUCGAUAGCUGGGAUUUGGGUUUUUGUUGCUUCUGUCUCUCAAAAUGCAGUCGGAUCAGCGUAAAAAGUCAUCUGCAGAUGUUGAUUUCUUCACUGAAUAUGGUGAAGGGAGUAGAUAUAAAAUAGAGGAAGUAAUCGGAAAAGGAAGCUAUGGUGUGGUCUGCUCAGCAUAUGACACACACCUCGGUGAAAAAGUUGCAAUUAAAAAGAUAAAUGAUAUAUUUGAACAUGUCUCUGAUGCCACACGUAUCCUUCGGGAGAUUAAGCUUCUCAGACUUCUUCGGCAUCCAGACAUUGUGGAGAUAAAGCACAUACUGCUACCUCCUUCGAGAAGGGAAUUUCGGGACAUAUAUGUAGUCUUUGAACUUAUGGAAUCUGAUCUUCAUCAAGUCAUUAAAGCAAAUGAUGAUCUGACUCCCGAACAUUAUCAGUUCUUCCUUUAUCAGCUUCUCAGAGGACUAAAGUACAUACAUACAGCCAAUGUGUUUCACCGAGACCUGAAACCAAAAAAUAUAUUAGCAAAUGCUGACUGCAAGCUCAAGAUCUGUGACUUUGGCCUUGCUAGAGUGGCCUUCAAUGACACCCCAACGGCUAUAUUUUGGACUGAUUAUGUUGCUACAAGGUGGUACCGGGCUCCUGAAUUGUGUGGGUCAUUUUUCUCCAAGUAUACGCCAGCUAUUGAUAUAUGGAGCAUUGGCUGCAUCUUUGCGGAGCUAUUAACUGGAAAGCCUCUUUUUCCUGGGAAGAAUGUAGUUCACCAAUUGGAUCUGAUGACUGAUAUGUUAGGAACACCUUCUCCUGAAGCUAUUGCUAGGAUAAGAAAUGAGAAGGCCAGAAGGUAUUUGAGCAGUAUGCGGAGGAAAAGGCCCAUACCUUUCUGCCAGAAAUUUCCAAAUGCUGACCCCCUUGCACUUCGCUUGCUGGAAAAGAUGCUCGCUUUUGAUCCUAAAGAUAGGCCUAAUGCAGAAGAGGCGCUUGCAGACCCAUAUUUCAGAAACUUGGCAAGAGUUGAACGAGAGCCUUCUGCUCAGCCUGUUACAAAAAUGGAAUUUGAGUUUGAAAGGCGGAGGAUAACAAAGGAGGAUGUGAGAGAGCUAAUAUACCGUGAGAUUCUUGAGUACCAUCCCAAAAUGUUGAAGGAGCACUUGGAGGGAGAAGAACCAACAGGGUUCAUGUAUCCUAGUGCAGUAGACAAAUUCAAGAAACAAUUUGCAUAUCUUGAAGAGCACUAUGGAAAAGGUGGAGUAGUAGCUCCUCCUGAGAGACAACAAGCAUCAUCCUUACCCAGGGCAUCCGUGCUAUAUUCGGACAAUUCUGUGCAAAAUCCAACUGACAUUGCAAACAAUCUCUCUAAAUGUUCUAUCAAAGACCGUGACAAGUCAAUCACGGACAGGAAUUUCGGUGCUCCCAUGACAAGACUUCCUCUCCAAGUUCCUCAAGCUAUUCAAGCAGCAGGUGAUGCAGCAAGGCCUGGUAGAAUCGUUAGUUCAGUUAUGCGCUAUAAUGGCAGUGGAUCAGCAGCAACUGAGGUGGUUGAACAACAGCGAAGAGUGCUCAACAAGAACCACCCUACUACUGCUACUAUGCCCCAAUAUGCUAUUUCUAACCCUACAACGACAUAUUCUAGGAGACACCCCAGCUGUAAAAGUGAAAGAGGAGAAGAAGGCAGUGAGGGGACUAAUGGUGUGCCUAAAACCACCGCCGAUCACUACAUAGCUAGGAAAGUUCCUGCUGCAGCUCCUGGUGGAUCAUCAGGAACCCAGUGGUAUUAGCAUCUCCUGGUUCCCGCCUAACAUAUACCUUUUUUGCUUCCUACAACAAGGAUGGGUCUGAGAGUUCUCUCAGCUUUUGGUUUUCCAUAUGUGACAGAGCAUGCACAUAAUUAGGAAGUAUGAGAACUUGGCCGGCGGGACCUUUUAGGCAUAAGCAUAACAUAAGCUCUCUCAUCAUCCACAACAUUUCUAAGAAAGAGUGGAGCUGUGGGUGGCAUGGCAUUGAGAAGACGUGGAUGCUCAAAAUGGGUGGGUAAGAAUUGACGUUACAUACUUGAUUUACUUGUUUCUGUUUUAAUUAAUAUGUAAAGCAGCGAAAACAUGGUGUAAGAACUACCAACUUAGAUUGUUUCCACUGUGAAAGCCGGUCAUUUUUCAUCUGAAUCUAAGCUCCGAACUAACAACAAAAAAGGACUUCGAAAUCAAAACAAUGCUACUGUAAAACUUCAAAAAUUUUGUAUUAUCUGUCUGUUGACAAUGACCAUCCCCGGAAUCAACAUUUCAGUUAUAUUUGUAAAAUUUACUCUAGUAAUGUUUGUUUCAGUUUCUGCAAAUACUUUAAACUAUUUAUAGUGUAUGUUCCCAAUAAUAAUCUUUAUUCGGAU